CAUCAUGGCUGCGCCCAGCUGGCUGCUCUUCUGUUGCUUGGGGGGCCUCAUCGCGGCGGCGUCGGGCUCCGGCCCGAGCCCCCCGCAGGUCUGCAGCGGCUGCUGCGCGGGCUCGGUGCGGAACGGCUCCGCGGUGGCCGCCUUUUGCUGCGAUCGGCCGGGCGCGGAACUGCUGGGCCGCUGCUGCUUGGAACGGGGCGCCGUCGUCGGGUUGGAUCUGGGGAACUGCUCACUGCAUCAGCUGUGUCCCAGCUUUCAGGAAGCCAGCACUGCUAUUAUCAUUGAUCUGACCGUCAAUCAACUGGAGCAUCCACCUGAGGAUACCUUCCGUGGAUUCACCCAACUGCAAACUCUAGUUUUGCCAGCAGAGUUAGAUUGUCCUGGAGGCAGCAUCACAUGGGACAACGUCACCACCCAAGAGAGCAGCCGGAUCUGCCAAGGCCAGAGGAACCCCUGCAAUGGCUCUGGGGGACUUGGUUGGCUGUGCCCCGAGGACUCCCUUUGUGCUCCCGAUGGACCUGGCCUGCACCAGUGCCUUUGUGAAGGCCAAUACCAUGGCUACAAAUGCUUACGCCAGGGUACCUUUCCCUAUCUGCUGUUCUAUGGGACUUUGGGAGCUGUCACCACCGGCCUGUCCAUCCUGCUCUGGGUCACCCAGCGGCGCAAGGUCAAGGCCUUGUAAUGGCCUCUCUCUGCUUC